GAAAAAACUCUUUGGUCAACGAAUAUGUCUAGUACAUAGAUAACCUCUCCCCAACCUCAUAUUCCUAAGCUCAUUUUCAUUGAACUAUAGCUAAUAAGCAACAAACAAAGAAAAAAUGGGGAAGAUCAUCAUCAACCUCUCUACCCUUCUCCUCGUAUUCUUGUUGGUUUCUACAGGAUUAAUGGACAAGGGGGAAGCGCAAGGGUGUAAGUGGGAAUGCAAGGGUCUUCCAAACUUCAAGUGUUGGUUGGGUACUGCCGGACACAAACUUUGCAACGACUUUUGCAUCAACGAAGGAGCCGCAAAAGGCGAGUGCGUCUCACACCCCGCCUCUAACUCCCACGCUUGUGUCUGUCGCAAGCCCGGCUGCUCCUAAUUUUAUAAAUUUCAACCCCUCAGCACACGCGUCAUUACGUAUGUCUCACUCAUAUGUCCCUUGCAGCCAAGUUGUUGUUAUUAGGGGUUGAGUUGAAAAAAAAAAACUUUUAUUAUGAAUGGUUGUCGUGAAUUGUGAUGGAUUUCCUUUUUAAAAUAAAAUGUUGUGGUGUUCAUGCAACCCUAGUUUAUACUAUUUAUGUAUGUGUUUGUACUCUGUAUCCAUAAACACGACGUUGAUCUUUCUCCAAAAUUGUUUGCUUUUA